GCCAACAGCCAGCUAAGCUAAAAAUCCACUCUCUCUCACUCACUAAACCAACAAGACCAACAAGUGCAGAUGAAAGACAAAAUUAUUCUCCUCUCUUUUGUUCCGCUCUGUUAAAUCUCCACCAUUCUCACAUUCUCGAUUGAGAAUGAAGAAUUUCUAGGGUUAUAUUGAACGAAUCAUUUGAUUUGUAAGAAUGGCGUUUUGGUGGCCGUUGAUAGUUCUAGGGUUUGCUUUUCUGAUCUGUAAACUCUUAUUAAUGCUUAUUCCUCCUAAUGUUCCUUCUAUCGAUGUCUACGCUGGUGAUGUGUUGGAUGAUGGAAAUCAAACUAAAGAGAACUAUAUCUAUAUACCAAGAAGGGGGAGAGCAGCACAAACCGAUAGAGUUCGAUGUUAUGAACCUGCAACAAUGAAAUAUUUGGGAGAUUUUCCGGCACUGACAUCUGAUCAGGUAAAAGAGCAUGUGGCGGAUGCCAGGAAGGCACAGAAGGCUUGGGCUAAGAGUACGUUUAAACAAAGGCGUCAAUUCUUAAGGAUACUUUUGAAGUAUAUUAUUGAACAUCAAGAGCUUAUAUGCCAGACAUCCUCAAGGGACACUGGAAAGACAAUGGUUGAUGCUUCUUUGGGCGAGAUAAUGACAACUUGUGAGAAAAUUACUUGGCUUCUUGCGGAGGGUGAGAAGUGGCUAAAGCCCGAAUACCGAUCGUCUGGAAGGGCAAUGAUGCACAAGAGAUCGAAGGUGGAGUUUCAUCCUCUUGGAGUGAUAGGUGCCAUCGUUUCAUGGAAUUAUCCAUUCCAUAACAUUUUGAACCCAAUGCUAGCAGCAAUAUUUUCAGGAAAUGGUGUUGUUGUAAAGGUUUCAGAACAUGCAAGUUGGUCUGGUUGUUUCUAUGCUGGAAUCGUUCAAGCCGCUCUGGCUGCUGUAGGGGCUCCUGAGAAUCUGGUCCAUGUUAUAACAGGAUUUGCAGAAACAGGAGAAGCACUUGUAUCAUCUGCUGACAAAAUCAUUUUUGUUGGAUCCCCUGGUGUCGGUAAGAUGAUCAUGAGAAGCGCUUCAGAGACACUAAUACCAGUCACUCUAGAGCUUGGUGGGAAAGAUGCAUUUAUUGUUUGUGAAGAUGUAGAUGUUCCUCAUGUUGCACAAAUUGCUGCUCGAGGUGUUCUUCAAUCAAGUGGCCAGAACUGUGCUGGUGCUGAGAGAUUUUAUGUUCAUCGGGAUGUUUAUUCUUCAUUUGUAGCUCAAGUAGUCAAAAUCAUAAAAUCUAUUUGUGUUGGUCCUCCAUUAGCUGGAAAGUAUGAUAUGGGUGCAAUAUGUAUGCCAGGGCAUGCUGAGAGGCUCCAAAACCUUGUGAAUGAUGCUGUAGACAAAGGGGCCGAAAUUGUUGGGCGAGGAAGUUUUGGCAAUUUAGGUGAAGAUGCUGUUGACCAGUUCUUUCCACCUACUAUAUUGGUAAAUGUAGACCACACAAUGAAGUUAAUGCAGGAAGAGGCUUUUGGACCAAUAAUGCCGAUAAUGAAGUUUAGCUCCGAUGAAGAGGUUAUUAAGUUGGCUAAUGACUCCAAUUAUGGACUUGGUUGUGCUGUGUUUUCUGGAAAUCAACGGCGUGCAAGAGAAAUAGCUUCCCAGUUAAACUGUGGAGUUGCUGCAAUCAAUGAUUUUGCAUCGAAUUACAUGUGCCAGUCGCUGCCUUUUGGUGGUGUGAAACACAGUGGAUUCGGAAGAUUUGCUGGUAUAGAAGGAUUGCGAGCUUGUUGUCUUGUAAAAUCCGUUGUGGAAGAUAGAUGGUGGCCAUACAUCAAAACCAAGAUACCAAAACCAAUUCAGUAUCCGGUAGCAGAGAACAGCUUUGAGUUUCAAGAGUCCCUUGUAGAAGCACUCUAUGGUUUGAAUAUUUGGGAUAGACUGAGAGCAUUGGUUAACGUCUUAAAGAUCCUCUCAGAAAAGAAGUCUACUACUGCCAAGAAUGCGAGAAGAAACUGACUGGCUCAAAUGUUUGAAGUGUUGCCCCUUUUCCAGAAACAGCUGGUUUCUACACGUUUUAACGAUUUACUUAUCAAUCAGCUUUGAGAUUGAUGAGAUUUUGACAUUUCUUGUUCCCAUCCACUGUCUUCUUACCCUCUCCUCCUCGGCUAAUUAGAUCAUGAACCCUAAGGUCUGAACCUGCGUCUCUCUGUAACAGCUUAUGUUGAUACUCUAUUUUCCUUUGUGGGUAACACGAAUUUGACAUGCUAAAAUUAGUGGUCUUCUUGAUAUUGCAAUUCAACGGGAACCCAUUUCGA